CCAAGGAGAUGGAACGACGUUAUACCAGGAUGGGGGUUGCUGCUCAACCAAUAAAGCCACCGCCCCCUCGGCUGCGAGACCUUGCUUUUUAACUUUCAGGCGACGCUAGGGUUGGUGGGCUUCCGGCCGGAGGCCAUUAGAUGGGACACCCGGAAGGCGGAAGUGCUAGGGCGGAAGUGGCUGAGAGGAGAGGAGAAUGGCGGCGGAAGGCUGUACUAGGCUUUGGGGCUGGGGCCGGCGGUGCCCGGGAAGGCCUGGGCUUCCCGGCCCCGGCCCCGGCCCCAACACACCUCUACUUCUUUUUCUGUUGCUGGGGUCAGUGGCCGCUGAUAUAACUGACGGCAACAGCGAACAUCUUAAGCGGGAGCAUUCUCUCAUCAAACCCUACCAAGGGGUGGGUUCCAGCUCCAUGCCCCUCUGGGACUUCCAGGGCAGCACCAUGCUCACGAGCCAGUAUGUGCGUCUGACCCCUGACGAACGCAGCAAAGAGGGUUCUAUCUGGAAUCACCAGCCUUGCUUCCUCAAGGACUGGGAGAUGCAUGUCCACUUCAAAGUCCAUGGCACAGGGAAGAAGAACCUGCAUGGAGAUGGCAUCGCCUUGUGGUAUACCCGGGACCGCCUCGUGCCAGGGCCUGUGUUUGGAAGCAAAGACAACUUUCAUGGCUUAGCCAUCUUCCUGGACACGUAUCCCAAUGACGAGACCACCGAGCGCGUGUUCCCGUACAUCUCGGUGAUGGUGAACAAUGGCUCCCUGUCCUACGACCACAGCAAGGACGGACGCUGGUCGGAGCUGGCGGGCUGCACGGCCGACUUCCGCAACCGGGGUCAUGACACCUUCCUGGCCGUGCGCUACUCCCGGGGCCGUCUGACGGUGAUGACCGACCUGGAGGACAGGAACGAGUGGAAGAAUUGCAUCGACAUCACUGGCGUGCGGCUCCCCACCGGCUACUACUUCGGAGCCUCAGCUGGCACAGGCGACCUCUCUGACAAUCACGACAUCAUCUCCAUGAAGCUGUUCCAGCUGAUGGUGGAGCACACGCCUGACGAGGAGAACGUGGACUGGACCAAGAUCGAACCCAGUGUCAACUUCCUCAAGUCUCCCAAAGACAACGUGGAUGACCCCACGGGGAACUUCCGCAGCGGGCCCCUGACGGGGUGGCGGGUGUUCCUGCUGCUGCUUUGCGCGCUCCUGGGCAUCAUCGUCUGCGCCGUGGUGGGGGCCGUGGUGUUCCAGAAGCGGCAGGAGCGCAACAAGCGUUUCUACUGAGGGCCGGGGUGGGGGGCCUGGCCUCCAGCACUAAUGUGAACUUUUUUUACACAGAUUGUGAAAGAAAAACAAGACAACCUUAUUUCUUAACCAGUUCAAAGAAAUAAUUAAAGUAUUUUCUUACAUUUCGUUUCUUGCCCCGUGGGGCUGGGGAAUGAGGGUGUGGUGUCCCCCGGCUGGAGGUGGGGAGCCCUGUCCCUGUCGCAGGUCUCAGAAACAGAGCGGGUGGGUGUGUGCGUGGAGCCGUGCGGAGACGCCUGCGGGGCCUGGGAUGCUGAGGCUCCCCCAGGACCUGCUCUGGGACGGUCCCUAGAGGGCACGAGUGGGCACUGGGUGCGUGUGGCACAGAGGAGGCCUGAGUGGGGCUCCUGGGCUUUUCUUCUUGCCCCCAGAGCUGCUUCCCCGGCGCCUGUGGGAGCCGUCACUGGAGCCGAGCAUGUGACAUUUGCUAAAUAAAAUGAAAUAACCAACCUCAGCUGUGUCACUGU